UCGGUUGAUACCAGUACGCUUGCGCGUAUAAUCAGUGAAGUACGAAGAAAACACAUAACCCUCCAAACGAUAAUCUUCUUUAAUGCUGUUUUCGCUUGUGAAGAAGAUUUAUUAGUCGAUCUUCUAAAAGCUUCGGAUACUAUCCAUGUGGUGAUUAUUGAAUGUCAGCUUUCUGCUGAAUUGGCCUCUUCUUUGGCAGAAAAUUUUGACCUGCCCCAGCCACAACUGCGAACAUACUUUAUUGGAUCUUGUGACAGUUUCGAGGCGUAUAUUGAGACAAUUGGCGGCUUAGAAAAGUUUGGAAAGAUUACGAAGCUUAACCUCGAGUGGACACUGUCAUUUGUGUCAGAAACAAGUGGACGCGCUCAGCUCACAGUUUUCUGUUGUCUUCAUCGUUUUUCCCCAAGUCAUGGAAUUCCGUUACAUUAUCAUGUCAUUCGCAACGGUAAUGCCCGUAACAUCGAGGUCAUAAAAACACGGCCGGAUAGAAGUAUGCGGUUCUAUAAAUUUGUCUUUCAUCCUCUUGAUGGCGGCUUGUAUCCUGAAUCAGCCGGUAUACAUAGAUAAUUUGACUUUUUUGUAUUGCCU